CACUUCCUGUCCCGUCCAGUUUCGGUAUCCUGCUCCGCGUCCUGUUCCUCGUUCCCCCGAGAAGGGAAGGCUCAGCCCCUGUGAAGGCAGCGCCGGGGCGCGGCGCUUCUGCCGGGAGCUGCUCCCGGAGCCGCGCUUAGACGGGCUCCCACGCUGCUGAAUCUCGACGAGUGCAAAGCCAUGGCAGAGGCCGGCGGCCCCUUGCGUCUCCGACACUGGCUGGUGGCUCAGAUUGAAAGCGGCCACUACCCCGGGCUCUGCUGGGAGAACCGAGAGAAGACCAUGUUCCGCAUCCCCUGGAAGCACGCGGCCAAACAGGACUACAGGCAGCAGCAGGACGCCGCGUUGUUUCGGGCCUGGGCCAUUUACAAAGGUAAGUACCAAGAAGGCACAGACAAAGCUGACCCAUCUGUCUGGAAGACCCGCCUGCGCUGUGCCCUCAACAAGAGCACAGACUUCCAGGAAGUGAUUGAUCGGAGCCAACUGGACAUCUCUGAACCCUACAAGGUCUACCAGAUCAUCUCUGAGGGAGCCCGCAACCUGGAGGAUGAGGGGCAGAAGGGCCACCUGAGAGCCCCCCAAAAUGUAUCAACUGAGCCUCUCCAGAGGCCAGACCAGGCUGGCUCAGACUCAGCUGCUGAGGAGACUGGCAAGGAAAGGAUUUCCAAGGGCUGCCAUCAGGUUUCCCCCGCCCCCUGCUUUACCAGCCCAAAGGCUGAGUCUGGGUUCCAAGUGACAGGCACUUUUUACAGUUGGGACCCUUCACAGAGCCACCUUCCUCUAAGCCUGACCCCCUGUGAGAAUGUCAGCACCUCUGACUGCUGGCUCCAUGUCCGUCUGUACUACCGAGACGUCCUGGUGAAGGAGGCCGUUGCUCACACUGCCGAGGGCUGCCGCUUGACAACUCGGCCUGUGCCCAUUGACAGCCCACAUCUCUAUGGCCCUGCCAGGCUGGAGCAGAUCCAGUUCCCAUCACCCAAAGCUCUCUCAGGGGCCAGCACACCUAUCACCCAAAUCCUGGAGCGCCUCUUGCCUCACCUGGACAGGGGAGUCCUCCUCUGGGUAGCUCCUGAGGGGGUCUUUGCUAAGAGGCAAUGCCAGGGCCGGGUUUACUGGCGAGGCCCCCUGGCACCCCAUUGUGACCAGCCCAACAAAUUGGAAAGGGAGAAGACCUAUAAGCUGUUGGACACCCAGCAGUUCCUGGAUCAACUGCAUCGACACCUGUGUCUUGGGGAACCCGCACCCCAGUAUCAGAUCCAACUGUGUUUUGGAGAGGAGUACCCGGGUCCAGGGUGCCAGUCCCAGGGGAGACUCAUCAUGGCUCAUGUGGAGCCCGUGUUUGCCCGAGAACUCUUCCUGCACUCUAAGCGUCUCAAUCCCCAAGAUCCUCAGGGUUCCCAGCCCAGCGCUCCAGAGAGUGUAGCCCACAUUCUGAACCAGCUGUGCCAACCCUGACUGGCCCUACCCCAUGUCCAGAGCACCGUCUAUUUGUGGCACAUCUUUGCCCAAGCUGAGCCAGUAUACCUGGGGUUAAGGGUCUUCACCUUGUCUACUCUCAAGCACAUGUCUCCCUGCUUUAGAACAGGUUUUGCAUGUGCCUCUGGGUGGGUGUAUCGGGGGUCAGGGGGCUCAAUGUAUAUGUAUCAACUAAACUUCAGUGUGCUUUAGGAGUUAUUCACAAGAGGAACCCCCUACUAGACUUUUUAAAAUUAGACAUCCUGAGCCCACCCCCCAAACCUCCAACAUCUCCCCAUAUCUCGACAUCAUAUGCCUUUUUUAAAAGGCUAUGGGGGGGGGGAGCUAGAUAGCACAGUGGUUAAAGCACCAGCCCUGGAUUCUGGAGUACCUGAGUUCAAAUCCAGCCUCAGACACUUGACACUUGCUAACUGUGUGACC